AGCACCUCAAUAUUAACCCUUUACAACACUGUCACAGCUAACAUUUUACAACACUCUCAACAGCUGAUUACCUUAAAUAAAGAAAUUAAAAAUUUUCGCAAAAUUUUCUUUAUAUUUCAUCGCCCACUUUUAUUAACACUGUGAAAAUUCAAUUAUUACAAAAAUUAAUGGAGUACAAGAGAUUAUUUAUAUUCACAUUACUAUUGGCAACAUGUUUUUUAAUUGGCGUGACAUGGGCUGACAAUGCCACACAAAUAAAUGGAACGGAGAUAAAGGUACAGAAGCCAGCUUUGGUUAGUAGUACUGCUGGACCACCCAUAACUAAGGUAUUAACUAAAUCCGAACUACCAGCAGCCAAUACAACGACAGCACCCAAAUGCGUCUGUGAUGGGGCUUUAUUACCACGUUUGGGUGAAAACGGUAAGGCUUUAGAAAUCUGCCCAGAGUGUAAAUGUAAACAUGAAGCCCGCAAUACUACCUUAAUUAAGGUCGUUGUAAUAAUUGUUAUUUGGAUUAUAUCCAUACUAGUGAUAUACAUGCUCUUCCUUAUGUGUCUGGAUCCGCUGUUAAACAAACGUGUCAAGGCCAACUAUCAGGAGCACACCAAUGAAGAUGAUGAUACCACUACUGCUUCUCCUUCUAUGCCUUCUACAGCAAAUCAAGAACUUAAUGCCCGAGCCAAUGUUCUUAAUCGGGUGGGUCAUCAACAGGACAAAUGGAAGAGACAAGUGCGUGAACAACGUCGUCACAUCUACGAUAGACGUACCAUGCUUAAUUAAAAAAAUGACAUUAUUUGGCAGGCAAUUUGCUUAAAAACAGGGUGGCGGUUUAGACACAACAACCACGCCUUAAAAAAACAUUUUAUUGUUUAUAAUUAUUAUUAUAUUAUGUAUUAGAAACCCAUAAUAGUUUCAUUGAUUGCUAUAUUUAACAAAGAUUUUUUUCUUAUUUUCUUUGCUUUUUUUCCAUGCUUUUUUAAAUUGUAAAUUUGUUUAUGUCAUUUAAUCAAUUAAUUAUUUUGUCAUUGUUUACACUUUGGGCCUCAUCUUGGUUUAGGAUCUCGUAUCAUUUGAAUGAACGUAAUUAGUAUUGAUUUUAUAUGUUUCCUCUUUAUUCUUUCUAUUAUAUUUUGGCACUUUUGUAUUUGUCUAUACAUAUUCUCAAACAUACCAAUAUUUGAAACAUACUUUAUUAAUUUAAUUAAUUAGGAUUAAAAUCAUAACUUAUCAAGUAGAGAACAAAAUUUAAUAAACGAAAUAUAAUUAUAUUUAA